AUGUGUGAGUGUGAAGAAGAGGCUUUCCGCGGCUUCCGUCCUUCCUCUUCCGGUCGCGGCGCUAGCAGCUUCAAGAUGGUGCAACGCCUGACCUAUCGCCGUAGGUUGUCCUACAACACAGCCUCCAAUAAAACCAGACUGUCUCGCACUCCUGGUAAUCGUAUUGUGUACUUGUACACUAAGAAGGUCGGCAAAGCCCCCAAAUCGGCAUGUGGCAUCUGCCCAGGAAGACUGCGUGGUAUCCGUGCUGUCAGACCACAGGUUCUCAUGAGACUCUCAAAGACCAAGAAGCACGUCAGCAGAGCUUACGGAGGCUCCAUGUGCGCCAAGUGUGUGCGAGACAGGAUCAAGCGUGCUUUUCUGAUUGAAGAGCAGAAGAUCGUCGUUAAGGUGCUCAAGGCACAGGCACAGAGUCAGAAAUCAAAAACCAUGGAGGCUCUGUACAGUGUCCCCUUCUCCGUGCUGGAAUGCCCCAACAUCAAGCUGAAGAAGCCGUCCUGGCUGCACAUGCCGUCUGCCAUGACCGUGUACGCGGUGGUCAUUGUCUCAUACUUUCUCAUCACUGGAGGAAUUAUAUAUGAUGUUAUUGUUGAGCCACCCAGCGUGGGAUCAAUGACAGAUGAACAUGGUCACCAGCGGCCCGUAGCUUUCCUGGCAUAUAGAGUAAAUGGACAGUACAUUAUGGAGGGACUGGCCUCCAGCUUCCUCUUUACACUGGGAGGACUGGGCUUCAUAAUACUGGACAGAUCCAAUGCACCAAACAUUCCCAAACUCAACCGCUUCCUGUUACUGUUUAUUGGGUUUGUGAGCGUGCUCCUGAGCUUCUUCAUGGCCAGAGUGUUCAUGCGCAUGAAGCUGCCAGGAUACCUGAUGGGAUAA